AUGCGCGCCUGGCAAGCUGCCUCCCCAGGCACAUUCCCCCAAAUCAUCUCCCUACGCACCGACAUCCCCCGCCCCUCAAACCUCCAAGAUGGCCAGAUCCUCGUGCAGGUCUCACACGCGGGUCUUAACCCAGCCGACUACAAGAUGUGCGAGCUCGGCGUCGCCUCGAGGGCCAUAACCACUUUCCCCAAGAUCCCCGGCAUGGACCUCGCCGGCCGCGUCGUCGAGGUCGCUCAAGGCGUCACCGAAGCCAAGGUGGGCGAUCUCGUCAUGGCUAGGGUUGACCCGACAAAGGCUGGCGGUUCUCUGGCCGAGUUUGUUGUCGUGAAUGGCGACGGGUAUGCAACUCUCCCGGCCGGCUUUGACACGGAGCAGGCGGCGGGAGCUCCGACAGCGGCGGUUACGGCGUACCAGACAAUCGCGCCGUACGUCAAGGCCGGAGACAAAGUAUUCAUCAACGGCGGUUCCGGCGGUGUCGGCCUCUUCGGCAUUCAAAUCGCAAAAGCUCUCGGCUGUGAGGUUACAGUAACUUGCUCAACCGCAAAGGCCGAGCUGUGCAAGAGUCUCGGCGCCGACGACAUCAUCGACUACAGGACAAGUGACGUUCUCGCCGAGCUCAAGAAGCGCGGGCAGAUCUUCAGUCACUGCGUCGAUAACGUUGGCGACUCACCAUCCAACCUUUACGCCUUCUCCGAGAAUUUUCUCUUCAACGGUAGCAAGUUUCUCUUUGUCGGUGGUCACAUGACAGCGGGUAGCGUCAUGAGCAUCAUGAAGACGAGGAUGCUGCCAACCUUCCUCGGUGGUGGAAAGAACUAUUUUGUCAGCUACAUGACCACCAACAAACGCGAAGACAUGGAGCAAGUCAGGGAUUGGUUCGUUGAGGGCAAGGUUCGAACAGUUGUUGAUUCGGUCUUUGACUUUGAGGAGGUGGAAAAGGCGUUUGAGCAGGUGAAGAAGGGGUCGAAUGGAGGCAAGAUCAUUGUCCGAGUUCAAAAGUAG